AUGAGUACCUAUGCUCUGAUCGGCUUGGCGGCGGCAGCUUCGGCAGCUGUGCUCGAGCUACCGAUUAACUCUGUGGUGUUGGACAUUGGCACUCCAGCAAAACCAUACAGACUCUUGUUUGACACAGGAUCCGCAACUUCAUGGGUUACUGGGCGCAAUUGUACCGACAGUGCAUGUCCUAGCCGCAGCGGUUUUGUCCGCACUCCAUACAAUGACCUAGACUCAUCUUCUUCGGUCGCUUUAGGCGUUUCUGGCAGUAUUGAGUAUAUCUCUGGUGGUGUUGAUGGUUCUAUAUUCCAAGAUGUGUUCUCCGAUAAGAAUGCCCUCGCAUGGAAGCAAACUUUCCUUGCUGUAUCAUAUGAUGAGAAAGAUACCUUCCUGGCCGCCGAUGGACUCCUCGGCAUGGCCUUUUCGUCCAUUGCGGUGGAGAAUACAACGACUUGUGUCGAAACACUCAUUUGGGAGGAUAAAUUGGAUGAACCCCGUUUCGCCGUCUACUACGGCACAAAUUUGAACAAUACCGGUGUUCAGGACGGUAUUCUCACUAUCGGUGGUAGUCACGAAGAUACCUAUGUUGAUGGUGAAGUAACUUACGUGCCUCUGCGCCGCGAAGAUCCAUAUCAAGUCUGGCGCGCUCCCCUUCGCUCCGUCAACGUAUUGGUCGCUCACGACAACGCCAUCAUCAGCACACACGUUGGAAAAGCACCCACCACCAACGCUCCAGCAGGCACGUUUCCCAAGACCAACACCACAUGGCCAUUAUACGGCACCGGAUUUUCAGUCUUCGACACCGGCUCGGGAGGUAUCUCGCUCCCCAGCCAACUCAUCGAACCCGUGUACUUCAAUUUAGGGUGGAAUCUCUCAAAACUUUACAGUGGUGAGGAGCGUUGGAAAUGCGAAGAUUUGAAUUCGACGUGGGCGAUUUCGUUCACGUUUGGGGAGGACGACGAGAGUAGUGAUAAGACGUUUUCGAUUAGAGGUGAUGAGAUCUGGUUGGCCGCGGAUGAUUGCAUGCCUCCUUUUGGAGACAGCGGCAAUAAUGAUUUUGCGUUGCUUGGGGCUUCGUUCUUGAGGAGAUUUUAUUCGAUCUGGGACUUUGGGGGUAAAUCGGUCGAGACUUAUGAGCCUAGGGUCGGUUUUGGAAAACUCAAGGAGGAGUAUGAUUAUAUAAAUUAUUAG